AGAUCAUCAAAUACUAGCUACUGCACCUUCAAAAAAGAUCAGGAAGAUUGUUCUUCCUAGCUAUUCAAAUUGAGCAUUGGCUGAAAGUGAAGGAAAUAAGAACUAAAGAGAACACUAUACCUUAUUCUCUUUAAUGCUAGCUGCUGCAAAUUUGACAAAGAUGAGGAAUAUUGUUUAUACUAGCUACUUGAGUUUAAGCAUUUGCUGAAAGUGCAGGAAAUAAGGACAAUAAUUGCAGUGAUUACUGCUCCUUUGCUCCCUAGAUGCUACCUGAUGCGGAGAAAGGAAAAGAUUGUUCAGAAAUAAAACAUUGAUUGAGAUGUCGGAUUGUUUGACGGAAUUGGCAAAGUCAUAUGUGGAGAAAUUAAUAAAUCGAAUAGCAGCAGAAUUAAGGUAUAUUUGUUGCUUCACGUGCAUUGCUAAGGAUUUUGAAGAAGAAAAAACUAGGUUGGAACCAGUAAGAACAACUAUCAAGCAACGCAUUGAUGUGGCGGUCAGAAAUGGGGAAGAUGUUACUGACAUUGCUCGUUUUUGGGAAAAAGAAGCUGAUAGGCUCAUUGAAGAAGACACCAAAGCAGAACAAAAAUGUUUUUUCAAACUUUGUCCUCAUUGUUUUUCAAGAUAUAAAAGAGGAAAAGUACUGGCAAAUGAGAAGGAAUAUAUUAAAAAAUUGAUAGAAGAUGGAAAGACACUUCAAAUUGGACUCCCUGCUAUUCUUCCCGGUGUUGAACUCCAUUCAUCUCAAAACUAUGUGUAUUUUAAAAGUAGAGAAUCAAAAUACAUAGAGCUUUUGAAUGAACUCAAAGAUGACAACAAUUACAUAAUUGGACUGCAUGGAAUGGGAGGCACGGGAAAAACUACAUUGAUCAAGGAAGUGGCUAAGGAACUUGUUAAGCAAUCAUCCCAUUUUACUUAUAGCGUUGUUACAACCGUGUCAUCUUCUCCUGAUAUCAAAAAGAUUCAAGAUGAUAUUGCUGGAUCCUUGGGAUUGAAUUUGGAUAACUGUAAUGGAUCGGAUCGACCCAAAAAAUUAUGGAGCAGAUUAACCAAUGGUGACAAAAUUCUUCUAAUACUGGAUGAUGUGUGGGGCUAUAUCAAUUUUGAUGAAAUAGGGAUUCCAUACAGUGACAAUCGCAAAGGGUGUAGAAUUGUUAUAACCACGCGUGAUGUGCGAGUGUGCAAAAAAUUUGUAUGCAAUAAGACAAUCCAACUAGAUCUCUUAUCUGAAGAAGAUGCAUGGAUCAUGUUCAAAAGGUAUGCCGAUCUAAAUGAAACUUCCAAUAAAAACUUGCUCGACAAGGGUCGUAAAAUCUCAAAUGAAUGCAAAAGGUUGCCUAUUGCCAUUGCUGUUAUUGCCAGUAGUUUGAAAGGUGAACAACGUCAGGAUGAGUGGGAUAUGACCUUAUAUUCCUUGCAAAAACAUAUGUCCAUGCCCGGUGUUGAAGAUGAACGUGUUGAAAUUUAUAAAUGUUUGAAGUUUAGUUAUGAUAAUAUGAAGGAUGAAAAGGAGAAGCGUUUAUUCCUUUUGUGUUCUUUAUUUCGAGAAGACGAAGUUAUUCAUAAUGAAAGCUUAGCUAGACUUGCCAUCGGAGGAGGCCUUUUUGGAGAAGAUUAUGUCAGCUAUGAAAAUGCUCGAAGUCAAGUAGUUAUAUACAAAAAUAAACUCGUAGAUUCUUGUUUAUUGUUGAAAGUUGAUCAUUGGGGAGUGAAAAAGCAUGUCUUGGUGAAAAUGCAUGAUUUGGUUCGCGAUGCAGCUCAGUGGAUAGCGAACGAAGAGAUUCAAACUGUACAAGUGUAUAAUACAAAUCAAAAGGCAAUGGUGGAAAGGAAGAAAAAUAUUAAAUAUUUGUUAUGUGAAGGAAAGGCAAAGGAUGUGUUUUCCAUGAAGCUUGAUGAUUCCAAGCUUGAGGUUCUGAUUGUCAUCAUGUAUCAGAGUGAAAAUUCUCAUACUUUAAUGGGAAUCGAAGUACCAGAUACAUUUUUUGAAAAUAUUAAUGGACUUCGAUUUUUUCAAAUCACUGGUUAUAAUUUUUUUGGAACUCUAUCAUUACCUCAAUCAAUGCAAUCGUUGAAGAAUAUUCGAUCUAUUAUCCUUGAAUAUAUUUUUUUGUGGGACAUUUCUAUCUUGGAAAAUUUGCGAAGUCUCGAAACACUUGAUUUGGUUGGCUGUGUGAUUAAUGAAUUGCCACAUGGAAUUACAAAACUAGAGAAAUUAAGAUUGUUGAAAUUGGAACGGUGUCAGAUUUUAAGGAAUAAUCCAUUUGAAGUGAUUGGAAAAUGCUCAUCACUUGAAGAGUUGUAUUUCAUACAGAGUUUUAAUGAGUUUUGCCGAGAAAUAAAUUUCCCCAAACUGCAAAGGUUUCAUGUAUAUCAUUUUUAUGCUUUUAAUGAUGAUUCAUGGUCAAAGUAUGUGUCUACUGAAUACAGGGAUGAUACUUUCCUAUCUGAGACAACACUCAAGUACUGUAUGCAAGAAGCCGAUAGUCUCAAGCUGAAAAGAAUCCAGGGAGAAUGGAGAAAUAUCAUACCUGAGAUUAUUCCAUUGGAACAUGGUAUGAAUGAUCUGGUUGAGCUUUCUUUAAGUUGCAUUUCACAAUUUAAGUGCCUCAUUGACAUUAGGCAUACUUAUUCUCCAGUAUCCGAUGUCUUCUCCAAGUUGGUUGUACUAACUUUGAAAAAUAUGGAAAAUUUGGAAGAAUUGUACAAUGGUCCUCUUUCCCUUAACUGUUUUAAGAGUUUAGAGAAGCUAUUUGUCAAUGAUUGCAAACACAUUCGAAGCUUAUUUAAGUGCAACUUAAACUUAUGCAAUCUAAAAGAAGUAUCAUUGGUGGGAUGCCCAAUGUUGAUCUCAAUAUUUGAACUAUCAACUGCUUGUAACCUAGAGUUGCUGGAUAUAACAGACUGUGAGCAUCUUGAAUACAUAAUAGUUGAUGAUGAUAGCAAAAGUCGGGACCAAAUGUUUCUGAAACUGAAAUUUCUUAAAAUCGAGAAGUGUCCAAAAUUUGAAAUAAUACUUCCGUUUGUCUCUGCUGAUGAUCUUCCGGCACUAGAAUCCAUCAUACUGAGAAGUUGUGAUAAGGUGGAAUACAUAUUUGGUCAAGAUGUCAAGCUUGGUUCCCUAAAAUUUAUGGAGCUUCAGUGUGUACCCAAUUUAAUUGACAUAUUUCCAGAAUGUAGUCCUACCAAGUCUUUGUCCAUUAAGAGGUCAUCAUCCAUGCCACCAACACAAUCAGAUCAUAUCAAAUGCAACUUCUUUUCAUUGACUGAUAUAUAUUGUUGUGGGAAGAAAUUGAGGAGUACCACGAGCACUAAAAUCUCAUUGGUUAAUGAGAAUCAGCCGCAAAAAAAAUUAAUGGAAUCAAAUUCAUAUUGCCUUGACAUAAAUACAUGGAAGCGUGUUCAAUGUCUUUCAAAACAGACAAUGUUUUUGUGCAAUGUUAAAGAGAUUGAGUUGACUCAGUUGAAGAAGAUAAAAUCAGUAUUUAUCCUAUCUAUUGCUCCAAAAAUGUUGUUGGAAACUUUGACAAUCAAGAACUGUGAUGAAUUGAAGCACAUAAUAAUAGAUACUGGAGAUCAUGACAUAGCUGAUGGCAAUAAUUUGUGCAACGUCGUCUUUCCAAAUUUGAAAAGGAUUUCCAUUGAAGAUUGCAGACAAUUAGAAUACAUUUUUGGACACUGCAUUGAUGAUCUUCAAAAUGACACUGAGAUUCAACUUCAUCUUUCUACAUUGGAGUGUUUCUAUCUUUCCAAUCUACCAAGUUUAGUCGCCAUGUGUCCCAAACAAUAUCACAUAACAUGUUCACCUUUGAAAGAACUUGUACUCAAUAACUGCUUGCAAGUUGCAAAUAUGAAACCUAUUGGUGAUUUCAUACCUCAUCAUUUGGUUUCAAGAUCUAUCCAUGGUAUAGUCAUGAAGGAAUUGAGUGGGAGCAUGGAAAGUUUGCUGACUUUGGAAAGACUUGUGAUAAAUAAGUCCAAUGUAAAAAGUAUCGUUUGUCUUAAUGAAGUAAAAGAACAAGUAGUGAACUUAGAUUUGAAACACAUUGACCUGGAGGAUGUUUACGUCAUGUUGUGUCCUUUUUUGGGUUUCAAAAAUUCUUGUUCCCUCCUGAAUUUAACAAAGGUAGAAAUAGUGCGAUGUGAAAAAUUAGAAAUGAUUUUUUCUAAUUCUAUCUUAAAAUAUAUACCACAAUUAAUUUAUCUAAAAAUAAAUGAAUGUGGGGAGUUGCAGCAUAUCAUUGAAGAUGAUUUGGAAAAUCAAAAUGUGUCAAAUUCUUCGUCCUCAGGGACAUGCUUCCCAAAGUUAAUAGUGCUUAUUAUAGAAAAGUGCAAUAAGUUGAAAUAUGUGUUUCCAAACUCCAUAUGUAAAGAGUUUCCUGAGUUACAGGUUCUAAUCAUAAGAGAAGCAGAUGAGCUAGAGGAAAUAUUUAAAACUUGUGAAGGUAAGAGAAUUGAGAAAGUUCAUACUCCAAAUUUGAAAUUUGUAACAAUUGUGAACCUACCAAGCUUCUUCCAGACACAAGGAAUUCUUUUUCAAACAGUACAAUAUCGUUUGGUAAAAGAUUGUCAUGAACUCUCUCUGACUUCAACAUCAAUACCUGGCUUCUUUGAUAUUUUUUCCAAUUCGGACUUCAUAUCAGAGAAUGAUUAUUUAUAUGAUCUAUUUAAUCGAUUAAUAAACGAGUACGAAAGCUACAAAGAAAGGGAAAGUUUUCCCUCUAAGAUUGACGAUGAAGCAACAUCAGAAUACGAGUUGACAUAUCCACAGAUAGGGGAUGAUUUUGUUGAAGAAGUUCCUAAUUUAGAGAUACCGUCUGUAGCAAUAUUGCCAUCCAAUUUUGAAGAGUUGAUGAACCAACAACAAUCACUUGGAGAAUCUCAUACAAUUUUAGAAACAAAGAAUGAGUCACCUGUUGCUCCUAAGCAAAAGGGUACUGAGAUACUAGUUGAUGAAGGAACUACAUCAAUUAAUGCUAAGACAGGAACAUCCUUAACUCAUUCAAAAUCACUUCGUUCGUCAUCCGGUCCAUUAGUUACUUCUGAGCGUAAAACAUCUCCACAAGAACAUGAUCCUGGCCAAAUAGACUUACCUUCUUUUUCACAUUCAACAACUGGGCCUCUUACCCUUGAAGAUGUUGAUCUUGGAGACUCACGGGAAACAUCUCAGACUAAUAAUCAAGUCUCUCUAAAUGAUGAUCAUGCUUUGAUGAAAGUAAGUUCACUUAUUGAGGAACAGAUUCCUAAUGAUAACGAAAUAAUAGUAUCCAAAUCUAAGCUCUCUUCUUUUGCAUCUCAAUUUCCUUCAACACCUUCUCAAGGAGACUCUUCUGAAGAAGAUUUUAGUUCUACUUUGCUUGUCCCGGAGGAACUUGAGCAACUAGUCUUGAAGAAACAUUUGCAUCAUGAGAACUUGUCUUUGUUGACUGAUUUCCUUGUGAAGCAUCCUUCUGUUUUUUUAAGGGACACUUCACUUAGUAAUAGAUACAAGGGUUGUGCCUACAACUUUCUAGCUGAGCUAUUGAAAUUUCUGCAAACACAUAGUGUGUUGGAUGUGUUAGGCUCAAGUCACUCUGAAUUUGUUGAAUUAUUGCAAGACGCACGCAGAUUUCCUUUUGAUAAGGAAUGGUUGGAUGUUAUCGAAAAGCGUGUUUUGUUUCCAGGUUUACAAGUCUCUCAAGCUGCAUUGCAAAAGUUGUUGGACUCGAAACACAUCUUAACUGAGCAUGUGAAGGACCUGAAGCAUCAAUUGGCUUCCUCUGAAGCUGUUUUGGAGAGUAUCACUCAACAAGAGGCACAAAUUUUAGAAACUCGAGCUACUUUAAGUCAUCCUAUCGGUUAUUAGACUAUUCCUUGCAUUUCUUCACUACAAAAUUAUUGUUGGAGCUUUUACUAAUUUGGUUAUUUUCAUGUAAAUCAUUGUCUUAUCUUUGCACUCUUGUUCCAUUC